UUCUUCUCCUUGAGCUUCUGAGCUUCUCCUGACGGCGGACUGCUAGUAACCCACCUUUUCCAGUUGUAGAAAUUGGAGGAACGGUCUUAUUUCCUUACAUGACAAGUCGGUAGGACGGUUGGACUGGAGCUGUGUCGAGAAUAUGCCCCCUAAGAAGCCAAAGGACGCCACGGCAAACAUCUCCAGCUCCAUCGAGUCUGAGGACAUCAGUUUGGAGACAACAGUCCCCACAGAGGACAUAUCGUCUUCAGAUGAGAAAGAUGGAGCAGGGAAGGUCACAAAACAGCUCCUGGAAAGAAAAGAGCUGCUUCAUAACCUUCAAAAACUGAAGAUAGAGCUGUCACAGAAAAAUCUGCUCAUAGACAACCUCAAAGUGGACCAUCUUACCAAGAUAGAGGAGCUAGAGGAAAGGCUGAACGAUGCUCUCCAUCAGAAACAGGUGCUCGCUCUGCGUCUGGACAGCCAGCUCAAACUACAGCUGGAUGAAAACAGGUUCAUUUACACAGUUUUACUGAGAAAAAGAGCCAUUGGAAGUAGGGCUAGCUAUGAGGAAGAGAGGAGAGCGCGCUCAGAGCUGGAGAUCCGCUGUCAGAGAGUCAUGCUGGAACUUGCUGACACCAAGCAGCUUAUUCAGGAAGGAGACUACAAACGAGAGAACUAUGACAAAAUCAAACGAGAGAGAGAUGGGUAUGAAACAGAGGUUAGAGAGUUGAGGAAGAAGUUGGAAAUGCUGAACCUCACACACACUGCCCUGACCAAAGAGAGGAAUGACUUAAAUAAGGAGGUAGCCACUCUGCAGCAGUCUGUAACAUUGAUGCAGAAGGACAAAGACUAUUUAAACAGGCAGAACAUGGAGCUUAAUGUGCGCUGCGCUCAUCAAGAAGACCGUCUGGACAGAAUGCAGACCCAGCUUGAAGACACAAAGAAAGCCAGGGAAGAUGCCUAUGAGAAAUAUGUUGCUUCUAGAGAUCACUAUAAGACAGAGUAUGAAAACAAACUGCGUGAUGAACUGGAGCACAUUCGAACGAAGACCAGUCAUGAAAUCGAGAGCCUGCAGAGGGCAUCUAAAGAGAUGUAUGAAAGAGAGAACAGAAACCUUCGUGAAACCCGAGACAAUGCUGUCAUUGAGAAAGACAGAGCACUGAAUGCAGAAAGAGAUGCCCAAGCCAAAUAUGAUCAACACUUAGACCAGUUCAGGCAGUUGCAGCUGAGUUCAGACAGCAGGGUGGCAGAACUGCUUAACCAGGUGAAGCUGAAAAAGUUUGAGUUGGAGCGUUCCCAGAUGGUCCAGGAGGAGACUGCCAGGAACCUCAGCCUUUGUCAAAUUGAGUGUGAGAAACAUCAGAAAAAACUGGAGGUUCUAACAAAAGGGUUUUAUGGGCUACAGACAUCAUCAGAGAAAUGCAUCACUGAAUUGCAAGCCCAGAAUUCUGAAAAGCAAGCACGCCUGGAGACAUACGAGCGGUUGGAAAAGGAGCUGGAUGAUGUUACCAUGCAGGCUGCAGAGAUGGAAAAUGAAGAUGAGGCAGAGAGGGUGCUGUUUUCAUAUGGUUAUGGUGCAAACAUUCCAUCAACUGCCAAGAGAAGACUGAAGCAAAGUGUUCACUUGGCUCGCAGGGUUCUGCAGCUGGAGAAACAGAACACACUGCUUAGGAGAGACCUGGAAAGACAAACGGCGCACGGCAGUCAGAUCUCUGAAGAGUUGGAGGCAGCAAACCAGCUUCUUCAGCAGGCCCAGCAGCCACACAGCUACCUGAUUGAGACCGUGCGACAGAGAGACACUCAGAUCCAAACACUGAAAGAACGUCUCACGCGAAUAGAAGAGGAAGUAAGUGCACUACGGAAAGAGAAGAUUACACUGCUGCAGGUGAAAAACAACAUGGCAGCAGAUUUGGAGAGACUCCUGAACCACAGAGAGGAACUUUCUGUGAUGAAGCAAGUCCUGCUUAGCAUGCGCUCACAGCAGCACGGUGGGCCUCUGUCUGUGUCCCAACCUGAGCUUGAGACUGAUGGCGUUGGUACAGCAGUUCAUAGACCCAAAGCUUUAAAAAGCACAGACGAGGAGCAAUACAACUAUGGUCCCAAACCCACAGUGUUUACCAAUACAGAAGUUCCAGAAUGGUACAGAAAAGUACACGGAAAACUAAAUAGAGACUUGUUCAACUUGUUUAAGACUUAAAGGAUGAUCCAUGACAUGCAAUCACGAAUGAAAGUCUGUUUUAAAAGACCUAUUACAUAACUAGAUACACAUGUUUGAUGUGUAGUCAUGAAGAAUGUGA